AUGACUACUAGACUGAAAAAAAUAGUAGAUUACCUGGUUGGCCCUUCUCAGUCAACUUUUAUUGAAGGAAGGAACAUCUUAGACAAUGUGAUUUUGGCUCAUGAAAUUUUCAAAGGCUAUACUCAAAAAUCAGUUUCACCCAGAUGUGUCAUCAAGGUAGAUAUUAGAAAGGCAUAUGAUUCAGUGGAGUGGAGCUUUCUUAGGCAUCUACUUACUGAAUUUGGCUUCCCCCUCAAAAUGGUAAACUGGAUCAUGGAGUGCGUAACAACUGUCAGCUAUUCAUUAUUGAUCAAUGGGGUGCUUACUCCCAAAUUUGCAGCAAAAAAGGGAUUGAGACAAGGGGAUCCUAUGUCUCUUUAUCUCUUUGUACUAGUAAUGGAAUACCUCAACAAAUCUCUGAAACAACUCCAACGAUGGCCAGCCUUCAAGUACCACCCUAAAUGUGCAAAACAAAAAAUUGUUCACGUUUGUUUCGCUGAUGACCUCCUUAUGUGUUGUAGGGCUGAUAAGGAAUCAGUACAACUGAUGAUGCAAUCAUUUGAACAUUUUUUGACAGUAUCAGGUCUCAAGGCAAAUAUGGAAAAGAGUAACUUGUAUAUUGCUGGUUCCACUCCUCAGGUCAGGCAACAAUUACUUGAUGAGUUGCACUUCACAGUAGGAACGCUGCCUUUCAAGUAUUUGGGAGUCCCACUGGCAUCCAGGAAGUUGUCUAUCAACCAGUGCAUGCCGCUAGUUGAAAAUAUGAUCGCAAGAGUAAAGUGCUGGACUUCCAAGCUGCUCUCAUAUUCAGGCAAGUUACAACUCAUAAAAAGUGUAUUAUUUGAAAUUCAAACGUAUUGGAGCCAAGUCUUUCUUCUACCAAAAAUAAUCCACAAAAUGGUCAUAGCUAUCUGCAGAAAUUAUCUUUGGAGUGGAUCAAAUGAAUAUGCCAAAAAAGUUCCAAUUGCUUGGGAGACUUUAUGCCAACCAAAGGCCACUGGUGGACUCAACAUCAUCAAUUUUGGGCUUUGGAAUCAAGCAGCCAUCAGUAAGCUGCUAUGGGCCAUCGCCAAGAAGAAGGACAAGCUAUGGGUGCGCUGGAUACAUAUACACUACAUAAAAAACAGAAAUCUACAGGACAUGGUUACACCAAAGCAGGUCACAUGGCUAGUAAGGAAAAUAUUCGAUGCCAGGAAAUGGAGGCCGAAUCUGGACGAUCUCGACAAAUUUUCAGUAGGAGGCAAAUUCAGCAUUAAACAGGCUUACCAGGAUUCUAUUCCUCAAUACCCAAAAGUCCAAUGGAAAACACUAGUUCUUCUAAAAGGUCUCAUACCCAGACAACAAUUUAUUCUCUGGAUGGCAAUCCAGAAUAGGCUGGCUACAACUAAUAGACUGGCUCAUUGGGGGAUACAAGUCGAUCCAAUCUGCAAGCUAUGUACGAUUGGUGCCACUGAAACCCAUCAGCACCUGUUCUUUGAAUGUUCGUAUUCCAAGUUUAUUUGGCAGACCUUACUACACUGGAUGGAGAUCAAAAGGCAAAUAGGGGACUGGAACACGGAGGUUCAGUGGAUGGCAAAACGAGUGAACAACAAGAACUCUAAGUGGACGAUAUUGAGAUUUGUUUUUACAGCUACUGUCUAUCAUGUUUGGAGAGAAAGAAAUGCUAGACGAUUCCAACAAACAAGCAGGAGUAGUAUGGAUAGAACGAGAGAAAUAGCACUACAACUCCAUAUUGCAGGUCAACGGUAUUGUAAAUGGCAUGACUGCUUAGUUAAGUUAAAUAGUUUUCCAUGUUAG